CCUGGUGGGUGGAAUCGUUUAAAGUUCGACUACCUCGCCAGACGAGUAACUGAGCGGAAGAAAGGCGUUUAGUACUAUGCACAGUGCUACGAUCGAGGGCAAUGUCUGCAUGGAAGUUAGUGGUUGGUGGUGGGGCAAUAGCCCCGCCAACUGUUGAAGGAAGGGUGCAAACUUCCAACAGGAAACGGGAUCGUACCUUAUGCAUUCCUCACCGACAGAAUGGAGAGAGCUCUUUCCAUUCAGUUAUCUCCCAUCCUUGCUAAAGAAAGUAGGUGUCUACUGACAGGAGUGUGAUCGAUAGUUUCGUACACAUAACCAGGUCUGAACUUUUGUUCACUCGUUGGCCAAGUGACCCACCCGGCUUCACAAGUUUGGAAAAGAAGCCUUCGCGUGUUUGGAAAGGUCCCUUUCUUUGACAACAGUAGAAUAGACAAUCCGCUGAGUGGUCUUGUAGUACUUGUUUGGACCCGGUCAGAAACGGUGCUCAAUGAGACCUCUCGUGUGUGAAUGAUUGAGUGGAUUAAUAGACGAGACACAAGUUGUUAAAGAAAGUAUGGUGAACAUGUUUUUGAUUUUCCUUUCCUGGGUUCAGUGUUUGGUGGUGAUUGGCGUGACUGGGCGGAAUUUGAUGGAGAAUGCCCCGCAAAUGUGUCCAAUCGAACACAAUAAUCUCAUCGAUGUCCAACUGUUCGUGUCCGAUGAGGAGGAAUGUUUCAAGCUUUGCGAGAAGUCGGAUAAAUGCAAAUUCUUUAGAUUCUAUGCUUCCUCGUUUACCCGCCCAAGUCAAUGUUUCCUGUUCAAAAGUUGUGGUCGACAGGUGGAAGACGCAUCACCGGAUUGCAUGCUCAACAAGGAAAACACCGUCGAAGUCAAGCCCUUUAUCAAGUCGCAUGGAGAAUGCAAACAAUUGUGCCAAGGCGACCGCAGAUGUGCCUAUUUCAAGUACCAACCCAGAGCCAAACCCCGCACGGGCGACCCUGAUUUACCUCCGGCCAUCAAUCCUCUUUUGAAUCAAAUUGGCACGAACCAGGAGGAGUUCUGCUUCAUCCUCCGAUCGUGUUCCAAACGCAUGGUGGACAAUGUCCAAUGUGCCUUGGGCAAGAACAAUUUCCUGGAUGUCAAGUUCUUUGUCGAGUCCACGGACGAGUGCAAGAUUCAUUGUCAGGCCACCAAUGGCUGUCGAUACUAUUGGUGGUACCCAUUGGAUUAUAGUGAAUCCCCCGCCUAUUGCUACAUGUUCCAACAAUGCGCGCCCAAAGACAAGGAACCUGAGGUAGCCCUAAUAAUCGGGGGUCGUCAUCCAGGGCAUUACUUCAUGACCCAAAAGCAACAUAACGACUUGAUCAUGAGGAACGAUGUUUGUAUGCUCGAAACCAAUGACAAUGUCAGUUUGGCACGUGCCGGAGCCAUAUCCCAAUUUGUGGGAGACAAAGUUCUGUAUUGUGGAGGUCGGAAUGGCCAUGGAGUUCACACCGAUUGUCUGGCCUUCCAUCCCAAGAACAACACGUGGGCCCAUCAUAGCAAUAUGGUUCGGGCACGGGAAGAAGCCACCAGCGUGGUGAUUGGUACGGCUGUUUUUGUCAUGGGUGGGAUUGACGAGAAAACAGUGGAGGUCAUCAAUCUGAAGUCCGAAAUCCAAGGGUCCCCUGACAUUCCGGAAUGGAAGCUUGGUCCAGAUCUGCCUCAAGUUUUGGGGCGAUCAUGCGCUGUCCUUAUGGAUAAUGAGACCGUGAUCAUUGCCGGAGGCCAUGACGACAAUUCCACUUUGUCUCUGGCAACAGGGUACAUGUUGAAUAUCCUGGAAAAUGCUUGGACCGAAAUCCCGAACAUGAAAGUACCUCGUCGAGAUCACGCGUGUCUCUUUGUAGAGUUUGAAAAGUCGAAAGGAAUGCUCGUCACUGGAGGCUUAGGAGAAAACGACGAGGUUCUUGACUCUGCCGAAUUCUUCGACCUUGCCACCAACGAAUGGAUAUUGACCUCGGGAAUGAAGGUCGGAAGGACAGAGCACGCCAUGAGUCUCAUCUACGGCAUUCCCACUGUCAUUGGAGGUUUAAGUAACUCUGGCUUUUUGACCAGCAUUGAGCAAUUUGAUAAGAGCUCAGCUUCUUGGAAUGUGCCUCUGGAACGAGACUGGAGGAUCGUCAACAACGCUCUUGGAGCUCCCAGAUACGAGAUGACCUCAGCUUCAAUUCCUGUCUCUUUGAUGGAAAACUUAUGUGAUGCGGACUCCCAGUGAAACUGGGGCAGACUUCGACGGUGGCGGGAACAUUUGAAACACAAACCCAUCUCUCACGACGCAACUUUUCCCUUUACUUCUUUCCUCCCAACGAGCCCGAACCCAACAUCCGAUC